AUGACGUCACCUGGCAUCCCCAUCCGCCAAGGGAAGCUCAAGCUCAUCUCCGACCACAAACCCCCCGAGACCGACUCUCCAACUCCCUCAAUUGCAAAAGAGACAAGCAAAACAGACACAAUGUCUUUCAAGCUAUUCACUCACCAACCCGCCACCCUCCUCCGCCUGGGUUUAGGCGUCGGCAUCGGUCUCUCCGCCGCGACCAUGCAUCCCUUGUCACCCUUCCGCUCCACCCCAAUGCAAUGCCAGUACACCACUCCCCAUCAAUACAGCCCCAGCAAAGAGUCAGAGUGGGCUAUUAAUCCCCCCGAACCUGGGGGUCUGAAGCAGGCUCGUCCGCGGCGGAAUGGGCUAUUGAACGCGGAGACUAUGCGCCAGGUUAGUUUGGGGAGUGUGUUGGGGCUUGUUGCUGGUGUUGGGUUGAGGGCGUUUUCGAAGGCUUUGGUUGUUAUUUUGGGUAUGGGCGUUGUUCUUAUCGAGUUUGCUGCGGCCAAAGGGUACAAUAUUAUUCCGAUCAAUCGGAUUCAGAAAUAUAUUAAGCGCGUUGACUUGGGCCGCGUCAUGACUGAGAAACGGCCUUUCAAGAUGAGUUUCGGUGUUAUGAUGGCGAUGGCGGCGUUUGCGAAGUUCUAG